AUGAUUGUCACUAUUCGAAUUGGUUUUGUAUUGAUAUUAGCAGUAUUAUUCGUUGUCGUUCAUGCUAGUACUGUGACUCGUUGUCCUGAUAACGAAGAAUACCGUGAAUGUGGUAGUGCUUGUCAAGAAAAUUGUACAGAUACACCUAAAUACUGUACAUAUCAAUGUGUUCCGGGUUGUUUUUGUAAAACAGGCUUUGUCCGUGCAACCGACGAUAAAAGUAAGUGUAUACCACAUUCCAAUUGUUCUUGCCGUGCCAAUGAAUUUUACAACGAAUGUGGCUCAGCUUGUCCCGAUACGUGCACAGAUAGGUCGCAAUUGUGUACGAAACAGUGUAUACCGGGUUGUUUCUGCAAAAGUGGUUUCAUUCGUUUGAAUAAUCAGACGGACAGUCCAUGCAUUCCUGAAUCUGAAUGUAGCAAUGCUUUAUGUCAUGAUCCCAAUGCAGAGUACACAGAAUGCGGAUCAACAUGUCCACAGACAUGUGACGACGAACGUAAUCCAAUGUUAAAAUUUCGAGUUUGCCCAACAGUUUGCCGUGCAGGAUGUUUUUGUAAAAGCAAUUAUGUCCUUGGAGAGAAUGGCAAAUGUGUAAAACCCGAAACUUGCUGUCAAAUUAUCAAUGGAUCAUAUAAAGCAUGUGCUGCAGUUUGUCUACAAUCAUGUACAAACAAGACUGGCUUGCCUUGUUUUCUUCCGUGUGCUUCUGGUUGCUUCUGUGACCAAGAUUAUACACACAAAAGUAAUGAAAUAAACAGCCCUUGUGUUCAUAAAACAACAUGUUAA